UCAUCCAUCCCGGCCACAUCCGAAAGGGAAAAUGAAAGAGGGACCAGGAGGAACAGGUCGCAGCCAUCUCCCAGGGUCCUUCGCUCAGCUCUGACAUCCCAGCGACAGCUACAGGCGCCAUGGGGGAGUGGGCGUUCCUCGGCUCGCUGCUGGACGCCGUGCAGCUGCAGUCGCCGCUCGUGGGCCGCCUGUGGCUGGUGGUCAUGCUGAUUUUCCGCAUCCUGGUGCUGGCCACGGUGGGCGGCGCCGUGUUCGAGGACGAGCAGGAGGAGUUCGUGUGCAACACGCUGCAGCCAGGCUGUCGCCAGACCUGCUACGACCGCGCCUUCCCCAUCUCCCACUACCGCUUCUGGCUCUUCCACAUCCUGCUGCUCUCGGCGCCCCCGGUGCUCUUCGUCAUCUACUCCAUGCACCGGGCCAGCAAGGAGCAGGGAGGCGCGGACAGUGAGCCGGGGACCCCGGGGCGCCCCGGGGGCCGACGCGCGCGCCGCUGCUACCUGCUGAGCGUGGCGCUGCGCCUCCUGGCCGAGCUGGCCUUCCUGGCGGGCCAGGCGCUGCUCUACGGCUUCCGCGUGGCCCCGCACUUCGCGUGCACCGGCCCCCCGUGCCCACACACGGUGGAUUGCUUCGUGAGCCGGCCCACCGAGAAGACCGUCUUCGUGGUCUUCUACUUCGCGGUGGGGCUGCUCUCGGCGCUGCUCAGCGUGGUCGAGCUCGGCCACCUGCUCUGGAAGGGCCACCCGCGCGCCGGCCGCUGUCGCCAGGCGGCAGAGCGCGACAAUCUCUGCAACCGCGCGCAUGAGAAGGCUCAGCAGCUGCUCCCGCCGCCGUCGCCCGCCCUGCCCGCCCUGCCGGCCCUGCCGGCCCGGCGCUCGGCCCGGGAUCCAGACCCAUACCCGCCGCCUGCCUAUGCGCACCAGUCGCCGGCCAGCGACAGCGAGAGGGGCAGCGGCCGCAGCCAGGUGUCGCUGGCCACUGUCCGCCAGGACCUAGCCAUCUAGAACUGCCUCCGGCAGGGAGUGAGGUCAGAAGCUGGACCCCACCACCCCAGAGCGAGAGGUGACUCUGCACCAACUGUUCGCAGGGCACCCCACUCAAGGCAGAUGCCACGUAGGGGGCACACCUGCCAGGCAGCAUUCACACUUGCCAGCUGAGCCGGGUGGCAUCAAAUGAACUAAGGCUGGUCCAGGUAGACAGGAAAGCGGCCAGGGGGCCUGAGAGAAAGAGGACAGGAGAGGACAGAGCUAGUGGAAAGUGGAGUUUGCCGUGGAGACCCAGUUGUUUACUGGGAAUGAAAACACGUGCCAUACCAGCUCCCCGAGGCCUCUCCUGGUUCAGACUGAGGCACCACCUCAGUGCGGCCUCUCUGCCUCUGCGCACACACACAUGCACAUGUUGACACAUGUAUCCAUGGUGUAAGCUGUCUCCCCAGGCAGACGUAAAACCUGCGUGAGCUCUGGGUGUGCAAACAUGUGCGUGAGCAUGUGUCCAUCCCGUGCGUGCUCUCUGUGCAUGUGUAUGUGCCUACCCCGUGUGAGUGCUAUGUGUGUGUAUGUGUGGGCACAUCUGUGUGAGCCCUGUGUGUCUCUGACAUGCACUCUGUGGGUGGCCAGGGUCCAGUGCCAGAGCAGCCCCUGUGGCCCCCCCACCUGCAGGGGCCUCAUGAGAAGAUCUCCGCUCCUGAUGGAGCCCCCGCAGGAAGUGGGGGGAGGCCACCCUUCAGUCCGGGCGGUGGAGGGGGCUCGGUCUGGUGGGGCCCGUGGGCACCAUCUACACUCUUGACCUUGCGGUCUGGGCAAGGCGGGGUCAGAGGUCAGGAUUUUCUCUUCCUUACCCUGCUGCUUAUCCCAGCCCCCCAAAAUCCUCAAAAAAAAAAAAAAACCUCCUCCCCACACGUGCUCCUGGCCCUGCAUUUUCCUGCAGCCAGCACCCUCUUUCCCCCUGGGGAAUUACAAGGAACUGUCUACACGGCUGCCUCCUGUCUCUCCUCGGCCUCCAUCUACUUCCUCCUUCAGGGCCCCAGUGGGGCUGCUUGCUGUAAGCAAGUGAAAAAUCCAUGGGCCAUCAUGUAGUCCUGUGGGCUUCACCAGACCCUUCUAAGCAGCUGCCAGGGCGCCCCUGGGCCAAUUUUCUUUGGUGUCCUUGGCCAGUCCCUCUCUGUCCGUUGCUUUACUCCUCUUUCCUCAGCUUGCCUGCUUCCCCGCCUAGACGCCAGACAGCAGCUGGAAGGGUCUUUCCUUUUUCUUUCUUUUCUUUUGGCCACCCCGCGGCCUGUGGAGCUCCAGGGAUCAGAUCCGACUGCAGCCUCAAACUAAGCCGCAGCAACCCUGGAUCCUCUGUGCCAGGCCAGGGAUCGAACCUGCAUCCCAGCACUCCCAAGCCGCUGCCAAUCUCAUUGCGCCACAGCGGGAACUCCUGGAAUCCCCCUACUUAUGCCCUCAGGGGUUACCUGUCCCAUAUGUAGUAAUAUAUUUUCUUUCACCCAAUAUAUCCAAAAUAUUAUUUCAACACACCACCAAUAUAACAAAGCAUUGAGGAGUUUUCCUGUGGUGCAGUAGGUUAAGGAUCCAGCCUUGUCACUGCCGCAGCUUGGGUCUGUGCUGUGGUGCGGGUUGGAUUCCUGACCCAGGAACUUCCACUUGCCUUGGGCGAGGCAAAAAAAAAAAAAAAAAGAUGGUUAAGCAGAUGCUUUGCAUUUUUGGUUUUGUACGAAGUCUUUGAAGUCUGGAGCGUGUUCUGUGCUUGGAGCACAUCUCAGCUUGGACCAGCCUCCAUCCGUGGUGAGUGGCUGCUGGUUUUUGGUUUUUUGUUUUCUUUGGCUGCACUCAUGGCAUGCGGAAGUUCCCAGGCCAGGGAUCCAACCCAAGCCACAGCAGUGAUAACGCUGGAUCCUUAACCCGCUGAGCCACCAGGGAACUCCAGCAUUUCCUACUCUCUCGUCUGCUCUUCUCCACGUCUUCGGAGGCUGCCCAGGGGCCGCUGUCACCAUUGGCCUGGAGUAGUCCUUUCCCUCAGCCUCUGCUCCUGCCAUUCUAAUCUCAAUAUCUCACCCACAGGCUUAAAAUCCUUCACUCCCACCAAUCCCUCAGGAUCAAGUCCACCUCCUGAAUUGGCCUUGACCUGAGCCCAUCCCAGCCUCUCCAACCAUUUAAACCAACACCCAAAAUAGUUAAAACACAGAGUGGGAGUUCCCCUUGUGGUGCAGUGGAAGCGAAUCCG